AUGGCGAAUUCGCAGAGCACUAAUUUCACGUUUAGGGCGCUGGUUUUUAUUUCCUUUGUUUACGCGGCGAGCCUGGGCUUUGGACUAAUUCGCUACACCAUUCCAGAGGAAAUGGAAUAUGGCUCUUUUGUUGGAAAUAUCGCGGAAAAUUUGGGACUAACGAAUCGACAAUUAUCAGCUCGAAAAUGUCGCAUUGUCUUUCUGGAGGGAAGGCAAUAUUUAGAGGUAAAUUUGGAUACUGGCGUCUUAUUUGUCAGCAGUCGAAUAGACAGAGAGCAGCUUUGUGCACAGAGUCCUUCCUGUAUACUUGGCUUCCAGAUAAUUUUAGAAAACCCUCUCCAAAUGCAUCGCGGUGAAGUAGAGAUUCUCGAUAUAAAUGAUAAUUCACCCACCUUCCCCGAAAAAUCCAUUCGCUUGCAGAUGGCUGAAUCCAUCGCACCAGGCUCUCGUUACCCACUAGAGAGCGCGCUCGACCUGGACGUGGGAGCAAACACAGUUAAUAUAUACAAUAUUAGCACCAGUGAACAAUUCCGUUUGAACGUCAACUUCAGGGAGGAUGGGAGUACAAUUGUAGAGUUGUUAUUGGAUAAGCCACUGGACCGCGAACAAGAAGCAUCGUUUCAGCUCGUACUGACGGCCUUUGACGGCGGUAAACCUCCGAGAUCCGGGACAACUCAAAUCACCAUCAGCGUACUGGACAUCAAUGACAAUGCACCUGUGUUCGAGAAAAAUGUCUAUACGGCCAGCUUGGUAGAAAAUGCGCCUUUGGGUACCUUGGUGAUCAGAAUCAAAGCUGUCGAUCUGGACCAAGGUACUAACGCCGAGGUGAAGUACUCCUUUGCUAAUCGUGUUUCAGGCCAAGUGCGUGAACUGUUCAGUUUGGACCCUGAAACUGGGGAGAUCAAAGUUCAAGAGCAGCUGGAUUUUGAAGAAAAGAGCAGUUAUGAACUUGAUGUACAAGCGGAGGAUAACGGAUCACCAGCUAUUACAGGGCAUUCCAAAGUAUUGAUCAAAUUAACUGAUGUAAACGAUAAUCCGCCCGAGAUAAAGGUAACAUCCCUAUCUGGCAAGGUCCCCGAAGAUGCUACACCUGGGUCAGUCGUAGCUCUAAUGGACGUUACGGAUCGCGAUUCCGAGGCAAAUGGAAAAGUUCACUGUGAGAUUCCACUGGGCCUUCCUUUUCAAAUUAAAUCCUCUCUGAAUAAGCAUUAUGAACUGACCACAACCCGCCCGUUGGAUCGGGAAACUACCGCAGUCUAUAACAUACCUGUCACAGCCUGGGACUCUGGGUCUCCUCCAUUAUCAACAAAUAAAACUAUCCAGAUAACGGUGUCUGAUGUAAAUGACAACACACCACAGUUUUCGCAGUCUUCCUACGCUGUCUAUGUGAUGGAGAAUAACGCUCCGGGUGCUUCAAUUUUCGCACUGACUGCGUUCGAUCCGGAUAUGGACCAAAACUCCUAUAUUUCCUAUUCCUUCAUCGGGAAUCUGCAGGAUUCGUUGGUGUCCACUUACUUCAGUAUUAACUCGAUGAACGGUACCAUUUACGCUUUGCGCUCCUUUGACUAUGAGAAGGUCAAAAGUUUCCAGUUCCACGUUCAAGCCCGUGACGCUGGAGUGCCUCCGCUGAGCAGCACCGCUGCAGUGAAUGUAAUUAUUCUGGAUCAAAAUGACAAUGCUCCAGUGAUCGUUUCUCCUUCCACACCGAGUGGAUCAUCACCCAUGGAGAUACUGCCCCAUUCAGCAGAUCAAGGUUACUUGGUCACCAAAGUCUUGGCAACUGAUGCAGAUUCUGGUCAGAAUGCUCGGCUCUCCUAUCAGAUGGUUCAAGCAACCGAUCCCACUCUCUUUAGAAUAGGGCGCAGUUCAGGGGAAAUCAGAACAACGAGAAGCAUUUUGGACUUGGAUGAUACCUCGCAGAGUAUUGUCGUUCUAGUGAGGGAUAAUGGACAGCCGAGCCUGUCCAGUACAACUACAAUAUUUUUGUCGAUUUUGGGGAAUGUUACUGAGAAUGUCUCUGAAACUAGUGAUUUUCAUAGUAAUCCUCGUUAUGUUUCCGACAUGAAUCUUUAUUUACUUGUCACCUUCGGAUCAACAUCGAUUUUGUUCCUUUUGAUAAUUGUCUUUUUAAUUGUACUAAAGUGUAAACAAGAUGGAGGCAUUAUUCAAGAUGGAGGGUGCCCCAUUUAUUGUUGCCGGCCGAGGAAUUCGAAAGAACUCUUUACCCGUGGCGAUGCGCCAAGAGUUCAACUUGAUUGUACUGGAACUGGUCAGACUGCACCCUUUCCCGAGAGGUAUCAUUACUCGGUGUGCUUGUCACCAGAAUCAUCCAAGAGUGAAUUUCUUUUCUUGAAACCCUACAAUCCAUCUUUCACUCCAGGUCAAUACUAA